CUGCCCCAGAACCUGCUGAUGGGGACUGAGGAAAGAUAAAAGCAGGACUGCCCAGUGCUCACACACUGUAGACACAGCUACCACCAGACAUCUGCAGUGUGGACAUCAUCCCAGCCCGUGGCCAGAGCUGGCCGGCCAGAGCAUGAGUCAGAUUCUGUGCCUGAGCCUUACCCUCUGCCUGAUGGUGCAGACAGCCCUGGGUGCCCUGCACACCAAGGAGCCUGUAGUGGUUACCAAAUAUGAGACCCUCCAAGGAAAGCAGAUGCACAUGGGGAAGACACCCGUCAAUGUCUUCCUAGGAGUCCCCAUCUCCACACUUCCUGUAGGUGCCCACAAUUUCACUGCCCUGCACCCUCCAGAGCCCUGGGAAGGAAUCAGAGAUGCCACCACCCAAGCCCCUGUGCUUCAGGGGUCCUGGGGGCAGAUCACCUCCUUGUACGUCAACACGCAGAAACAGUACAAGUGGCUGCGCUUCAGUGAGGACUGUCUGUACCUGAACGUGUACGCGCCAGUGCACGCGCGUGGGGACUCUCCGCUGCCGGCCUCGGCCUUCCCAGGAGGCACCUUCCUCACGGGCUCAUCUUCCACGCACGAUGGCUUCGAAUUGGCGGCCCCCGAGCAAGUGGUGCUCAUGCUUCUGCAGUCCAGGCUCGGCGUCCUGGGCUUCCUGAGCAUGGGCGACAUCCAGGCCCGCGGGAACUGGGCCCUGCUGGACCAGGUUGCGGCUCUGUGCUGGGUGCAGAAAAGCAUCGCAGCCUUUGGCGGAGACGCAGGCUGUGUGACCCUGUUUGGCCAGUCAUCAGGGGCCAUGUGCAUCUCGGGACUGAUGAGUGCGAUGAUGUCACUCCUAGCCUGAGGUCUCUUCCAUCGGGCCAUUUCCCAGAGCACUGCAGUACUCAGAGUCUUCAUCACUUCUGACUCGCUGAAGGUGGCCAAGAAGGUUGCCUGCCUGGUAGGCUGCAACCACAAGAGCACAUGGAUUCUGGUAGACUGUCUGAGGGCGCAAUCAGGGGCUGAGGUGAUGCGGGUGUCCAAGAAGAUGAGAUUCUUCCACCUGAACUCCCAGGAAGACCCUCAAGAGAUCAUGUGGUUCAUGCGCCCCAUGGUAGACAGUGUGGUGUUCUCAGAUGACCCUGUGGUGCUCCUGAUCCAGGGGCAGGUUGCAUCUGUGUCCUGCCUUCUGAGUGUCAACAACCUGGAGUUCAGUUGGCUUUUGCCUUUUAUCAUGAAGUUCCCACUAAACUAAUGCAUGGUGAAAAAAGAAACCAUCACCAAGCUGCUCUGGAGUACCGGUCCCCUGUUGGAUAUCACAAAGGAGCGGUUACCACUGGUGGUGGAGGAAGACCUGGGUGAUAUGGAUGACCACAACUGGAAGAUGUUAUAAAACCAUGUGAUGGGGCCGGCCCCGUGGCUUAGCGGUUAAGUGUACUCCACGCUGCAGGCUGCCUGCUAACACUGCAGUGCCUGCUUCCUUCUCUACCUGUAUGUGUUUGAGCCCCACACUUCCACCAAUAUCAUUAUCAAACCCUGCACUGAUGGGGCAGACCAUGGGGAUGAGAUCUGCUUCAUCUUCAGGAGUCCCUUCUCCAAAGUUGCUAAGGCCCCACCUGACACCCCCCACUGGGUGUCUGACCAUUCCACAGGUGAGGAGAAGGUGCUGAGCCUCCAGAUGAUGAAAUACUGAGCCAACUUUGCCUGCACAGGAAACCCCACUGAUGAGAAGCUCCCCUACUGGCCAUGCUACAGCCAGAAGUACCUGCAGCUGGAUUUCACCACAAAGGUGGGUGUGAAGCUCAAGGAGGAGAAGAUGGUCUUUUGGAUGAGGCUGUGCCAGCAUUAA